UACCGUUCACAGUGGUUCACCGCUUCGGUUAUUGGUUCACUGUCCGAAAUUUUCAAUUUUGCUAUUUAUUUGGGAAGACUAGACAACGAAAAUGGUGUUGUGUUGAUGUUGUUGUAAAUGUAUUGUAAAUGCAUUGAAAUUUCAAGAAAUCAUCCAAAAGGACAAACGCGACGGUGUAUGCGUCGGUACGAUUAUUACAAUUGAAAUGAAUCAUUUGGAAUACUUCGCUUGUAUUGCCUAAGAAUUGCGUUUACAAGUGUUGUUGAAGCGUUCCAAUUUUCAUUACACGCAUUGUAAACAAACAAUACUUACUACCCUGGUGUUGGUAGUUUGCCGGCGCGGCGAUACGUUGGACGUAAAUUGUUACCGGCCGCGCAGAUACAUCGAGUACCUACCUACGAACCUACAUUGUCAGUAAGAAUCAAAAUGAUGAGAGGAAGUGGUCGUGGAUACUAUGGCGGCGAUGGCGGUGGUGCCGGACGACCUAGAGGAAGAGGUGCCAGCUUUCGUGGUGGUGGAGGACCAGGAGGUGGACGAGACCGUCCUGCGGCGUUCAAUAGUAUGUCUAGAGGUGGCUUCGGUGGCGGCGGCGGUGGUAGUUAUCGCGGUGGAAGCAGUUUGAAAGGCAAACAGCCGGGAGGUGCGUUGCGAAAACCUACUUGGGAUAUGUCAACGUUGCAGCCUUUUGACAAGGACUUUUACAAGCCGCAUCCGAAAGUACAGAACAGACCUGCGCAAGAAAUCGAACGGUAUCGAAGUGAGAAGGAAAUCACCGUUAGCGGAAGUGGCGUACCGAAUCCGAUCGUACAUUUCGAUGAAAUAAAUUUCCCAGACUUCAUCAUACACGAAAUUAGGAAGCAGGGAUUUUCGGAGCCGACGCCGAUUCAAGCGCAAGGUUGGCCUAUCGCUUUAAGCGGCAGAGAUAUGGUGGGAAUUGCUCAAACAGGCUCUGGAAAAACAUUAGCCUAUAUACUUCCGGCAUUGUUGCAUAUCAGUUAUCAACCGAGAUUGAUGCGACGUGAUGGACCUAUCGUUCUCGUUCUCGCGCCUACCAGAGAAUUAGCUCAACAAAUUCAGCAAGUUGCCAACGAGUUCGGUAAUUGCACGGCCACUAGAAACACUUGCAUCUUUGGCGGUGCGCCAAAAAAUCAACAGGCUGGUGAUUUGGAACGUGGCGUCGAAAUCGUUAUCGCAACGCCCGGUCGAUUGAUAGACUUUUUGGAAAGAAACACUACGAAUUUGAAACGAUGCACGUAUCUGGUCGUAGACGAAGCGGAUCGAAUGUUAGACAUGGGCUUCGAACCUCAGCUGCGUAAAAUUUUCGAGCAAAUUCGACCCGAUCGACAAGUUCUAAUGUGGUCUGCGACUUGGCCCAAAGAGGUUCAAACGUUGGCCGAAGACUACCUCAACGAUUACAUUCAAAUCAAUAUAGGAUCGUUAUCUCUGGCAGCCAAUCAUAAUAUCGUUCAGAUCGUCGAUGUUUGCGAAGAUUUCGAGAAAGAAGAAAAGUUACUGCAGCUGUUGAGCGAAAUAUUCUCAGAACCCGAUAACAAAACCAUUAUAUUUGUGGAAACGAAACGCGGUGUCGACGAUGUCACUAAUCUGGUUAGAAGGGCCGGAUGGAGAGCGAUGGGUAUACACGGAGAUAAAUCGCAAGUGGAUCGCGAUUACGUUUUGAAUCAAUUUCGAAGUAAUAACACCGACAUUUUGGUCGCUACGGACGUUGCCGCCAGAGGCUUAGACGUGGACGACGUUAGAUUCGUUAUAAAUUUGGACUAUCCCAACAAUUCGGAAGAUUACGUUCACCGUAUCGGACGAACUGGUCGUUGCGGUCGCACCGGAACGGCGUAUACGUUUUUCACGCCAGCCAACGCUAGACAAGCCAAAGAUCUAAUGUCCGUCUUGGAAGAGGCCAAUCAAGCCAUCAAUCCUAAAUUGAUCGAACUCGUUGAAAUGGUCAAUGCCGGAGUAUUCGGAAAAAGUCGUACACGUUUCGGCAAUCGAGACAAAACACGAGACCGUAGAGGUGGAGCACGCGACUCUUACGGUGGCGGUAACCGAAGAGGUGGCGGCGGAGGAUUUUUCAACAGCGGCGGCCGCGAAUCCACUUUUGGCCGGUCUGAUAAUAAAUCAUCGUCGGCUGCCAAUAACUAUACGCCUAAUCAUCGCCAGUUCACCCCCUCAUCGACAGCCGUUAGAGGUUCCAGGGGUGGCGGUAGCGGCGGCGGCGGUGGCGAUAAUUAUUGGCCGAGUAGCGGAAAUGGCGGCGGCGCUGGUGGCGGUGCCGGUGCAUCGUGGACAGCGGACCGUAGAAACGCUCCAACAGGUGGCAAUCGCUCUAGAUGGGAAGGCACGUCCGGCGGUGGUGGCGCUGGUGGCGGCGGUGUUUCCACCAGAAACGGAGGCGCCGGUUUCGCAUCUCAACCGCCUCCUUUGAUGCAGUCGUAUCAACAACAGAACCAAACCGGUGCUGGCUGGUAGUACGGUCCGGCCAGUGGUCACCGGCGCGGCGCAGCGCUCGUCGCCUGUAUUUUUAUUUCGUGUAAUUUUGUAAAUAUAUAUACCUACCUCUACCUAGCUACAUUAUUAUGAUAUCGAGUGUACUAAGUAGCUACAAUAAUAUGUGUAUAUCGCCGCCGUACGUUUUACGUUUUAUACUACUUAACGUGACUGUUUUAUACCGGCGCCGCGCCGCACCGCACUGCACAUCCGUAUUUUUCAUCUUCAUGUACGAGUCGAGUUUGUUUGUGUAUUUGUAAAUGUUCCUCUACCUACCAAUAUGUCGUAAGCCCGCGCCAGAGUGACUCUAUCUUGUUUUUUUCCUUUCUUUUUUCCGUUUUUGUUUUGUUUUAUUUUUAAAUUUUUUUUGUGUUUUUUUUUGAGUGUGCGCGCGCGUGUUUGAGUGUUUUUUACAUGGGGCUAGUACGACACGAUUAGUAUAUUGAAAAAUAGGAGAGAACUACAGAGAAUGGACUAACGAGUGAAACGAGAAAACGAGCCAAAUUAUUCGUAGACUAUGUAACUAUAUAACUAAUCGUAAGUAGUGCCUACAAGGUACGCGAUACGAUUUAAUUGUCGAAUAUGUAUCACUUGAUCUGUACAAUUAAAAUUAUACAUACUUGGAAUUGAA